GUGAGCAAUGUUAAAUCAUCACCACAGGGGUGUGAAAUACGUGCUUUGGUAGUUUUUUAAUCCAUUUAAUCGGUUUCGAAUUGCCGUAUCGCUGGCUUCUGUGGUGUGUGUAUCUGCCGUACACAAAAUCAGUUGUGAUUUGCCGGCCUUGGACCUUGGUCCUUUGAAUAUCUGAGUUGGACCCAUCUGUUGUUAGUCUUGCAGGAAGGUUCACGCUGUGGGCUCAUCAUGUACAUAGCAUAACUUUUAGCGAUUGUCUCAUGAAAAUGAUUAUUAGUAUUCUCGGGGGGGGAGUUAAUCAAUAAAAUCAAAGUACCACCUUUCGAAGUGACAUUAGUGCAUCCCCUCUAAUCUAAUAGCUGGACCGGUGAGCUGUGUUUAGUAAAUGUCAGAUGUCAGGUUGAAGCCUGCCCCGUGCUAUGUAGUUCACUGCUGGAUGAAGUAUGUGCCAGAAAUAGAGAAGUCUAUAUGGAAUACAAAGUGCUGAGGUUUAUUUUAGGUGUAGGAAGAGGCUCAGAAGCACAUGAACAGUGGCAGCAGAAAUGGCUAUUCGGGACGGGCCAUGACCACGGCGUGACGGCGGCCGGGCCGGCGAGGGGCGCGAUGCUCUAGAGCGGCUGGGCGGGGACGUCUCCGGGAGGGAAUGUUGCGCUGGACGGUGCACCUGGAAGGCGGGCCGCGGCGGGUCAACCACGCGGCCGUGUCCGUGGGGCACAAAGUGUACUCCUUCGGCGGCUACUGCUCGGGGGAGGACUACGAGACCCUGCGGCAGAUCGACGUCCACGUCUUCAACGCAGUGUCUCUCCGCUGGACGAAGCUGCCCCCCGUGAGGACCGGCGGGAGGGAGCACGCGCGGGAGGUUCCCUACAUGAGAUACGGCCACACCGCCGUGCUGGUGGACGACACCAUCUACAUCUGGGGAGGGAGGAACGACACGGAAGGGGCCUGCAACGUGCUGUACGCCUUCGACGUCAACACCCACAGGUGGUACACGCCCAAGGUUUCGGGAACGAUCCCAGGAGCUCGAGAUGGUCAUUCAGCCUGCGUCCUGGGAAAGACCAUGUACAUCUUCGGGGGAUACGAGCAGCUUGCCGACUGUUUUUCGAAUGAUAUCCAUAAACUGGACACGAUGACAAUGUGCUGGUCUUUAGUCAAUACAAGGGGCACCCCAGCUCGCUGGAGGGACUUCCACUCUGCCACCGUCAUCGGCACGAAAAUGUACGUGUUCGGUGGCCGGGCGGAUCGGUUCGGACCGUUCCACUCGAACAACGAAAUAUACUGCAAUAAGAUUAAAGUGUUUGACACAGAAACCAACUGCUGGCUGGACUCCCCAAACACCCAGCUCCUUCCAGAGGGCAGGAGAAGCCAUUCAGCCUUUGCCUACAAUGGUGAAUUGUACAUAUUUGGUGGUUAUAACGCACGGCUGGAUCGACACUUCAGUGAUCUCUGGAAGUUUAAUCCAGAGAGCUCCUCCUGGAAGAAGAUAGAUCCCAAAGGAAAAGCUCCGUGUCCCCGAAGAAGACAGUGCUGCUGCAUGGUGGGAGACAAGAUUAUCCUCUUCGGAGGCACCAGCCCGUGUCCAGAACAGGGAAUGGGAGAUGAAUUCAACCUCAUGGAUCAUUCUGACUUGUACAUCCUAGACUUCAGCCCCAAUCUGAAGACAUUAUGCAAAUUAGCUGUUAUUCAGUACAGUCUGGACCAGUCUGGGCUCCCACAUGACAUCAGGUGGGAGCUGACAGCUAUGACAACUAACAGCAACAUCAGCCGACCGAUUUUAUCCUCUCAUGGCUGAGUCCACUCAUCUAGACCUCGUGGUCUUGCUGGCCGCACAAAACCCAAGCAGGACUUUUGAUUAUCUGUAAAUUGUAGAGCCAGGGUGUGUUCACGGGGAAAAAUUGCUAAUUGCUCUUCAGUUACGGAAACUUACAAAAAUGCAGUACAGAUUUUCUACAUGGAUCCAUCUGGAUUUCACUUGGACUGUUCCAAUGUUCUCAAACUGCAGAAAAAGUGCCCAUUCUGUUUGUGUUUUAGCAUCCCUUUGAUCUAUAGACACUGUGCGUUAUGCAUCUACAGUAUACAUUGUGUCUCCUCUCGCCUACAAAUCUCAAUUUUAAAACCAUUGUUUUGUUUAUUAAGGGCUCUAAAAUUUGUAUGGUUGAAUAAAAAGAAGUAUGAGGUGAAAAUGACUACUGAAACAAAUAGGUUGAAGAGCAUAUAUCGAAUUCAGUAUUUACUUUAAGGAAGGUUUUUAACAUUCUAUCGAGAGAAAAAGGCAACACUUCUCGUUUCCUCCCUUUUCUCACAAGCAUCAGCAUAUUCUCAAAAACCGCAGGGUUCUGAGAUUGAAGGAUCAGCGCCCCCUCCCAAUAACCAGUACAUGCAGUUGAUUAAUUUCAUUUUGUAGACACAGAUAGUUACUUCUUUAGACUGGAAAACUGCACAUACCUUCUUAUUGGAUUGUUUUGUACAUGCUUGAGGCAAAAUCUUUCCAGUGCUGGGUGGUCUUCCUUUUCUAUUAACCAUAUAGCAUAUUUAUGCCAGCAUUGGGAAAUGUGUCUUGGGUGCAAAAUAUCACCUCAACUUGCAUGAAAUCUGCACAUUUACAUCAGUGUUUUUUUUUCUGUUCUGCACUGAGCACUGCAGCCACUGCUGAAGGAAAUUACUGCUGUCCUUUCGCCUUCCUGUCCAAUGCCCAUGAUGUUCUUGAGUCACAUUUUUUCCCCACAGUAGCUCAUCACAUCCGCUGUAUGACGCUGAAGAGGAACAGCAAAGAAGCACCCUGCACAUGCAGGUAUAUGACCCACAUCACAGCGAUGCAUGCUACCAUGUGUUCACCGAGUGUACAGAUCUGCCUUGGGUGUACUGUACCUAGAGUAUUUUUAUAUGCAAACAAAGUACCUUGUAACCUUGAAGUGUUAUCUUCUUUUAAUACCUUUUGUGAGGCUUAAUAAGCUGUAUGUCUAGCAAUCCUCUUUUGUAAAUUUUAAUACCAAAUGUUUUAAUGUGAAAUUCACCACAGAAGACUUUAUUUUUAACAAAGGCACUUUGAGGGAGCUGGCACAGUACUGUAUAGUACUGUAUUGAGGUGCAGCCCUCAUUGAACUGGUAUUUCUUUGGGUUUGUUUUUCCAGAUGUUUUUGUCAAAGAAGUGCUGGAUUUCUCCACGCCGUUGAAUUUAACCACCUACUAUAGCAGUGUACCUACUGUAGCACCUUAUUAAUCAACAAUAAGAUAUUGUGUUAAGACUGCAGUGACUCUACUGUUGUCCAAAGUGUGUGUUUUUUUUUCCAUGUUGCUUAGUACGUUAAAUCAUCUAAAACGCUAGUCACUCAUUUUGGAUUACACAAAUUAAACACCUGAGAGAAUGGUGGUUAUAACACAAUCUACUGUGUGUUUUCCUGAAGCGAUGCAUGCAUCAGAAAACAAAGAAAUGCUACAACUCUAAUGAUGGUUUAAUAGGUAAAGGUAUAUAUAAUAGCACUCAGACAACGACUGUUAUGUUCAGCUGACUAGAAUUCAUUCAUUUGAAGUUACAAUUCAGCUGGAGUGUCAUAAAUAAAAUGUUCAACCCCAUGAGUUUAAAGUAAAAAGUAGUAUUGGACUGAUCAUCUUGUGGGGCCAAAUACAGAAAAUGAGGAGAAAAACAGAUAUUCCCUGCACCGAUGAAGAGAAAAAUAAUGUAAAAAUAUGAUAGUUUCCAUCAAAUUGUGUUAUUGACUGAUUUUAACAGAUGUUUUUAUUAAUGGUGUUUUGGCGAUGUGAGGGGUAAAAACUAUUUCUUUGCAGGUUCUGGCAUGUAUGGAAUAUCAUAACACUUCUGCUAGCAGUCACAUGAGUGUUCAAUUUCUAAUUUGUGGUCUGCUUCCCUGGAGACUGGCAUCCUUUACAGGUCCUUUAAUUUUUAAUAUACAAUCAUAAUUAUGUAAACCGUGUUAACAUCCAGUUACUAAAAUGCCCAUUCAAGGGCUGUUAGUAAUUGGGUGUUAAGUAAAUGCAAGUUCUUUUCUCACCAGAAAAUUAACUUUAUGUAGUUCGAAUAAUCCCUAGCAAACGUGUUCACUGUAUUUUUUUUUAGAUCACUAAACGAGGAUAUGUGUAUUUCACCUGCAUUGUACGGCCCAAAGUGUGGAGUGAAAGUAUGUAGUUUAUAAUUUUUUUAAAGGUGUGCAAAACUUUACAAAUGAAAAAAAGAAGAUUGAACUUUUUGUCAAACAACUGUAUCAAAUAUCGAAUAAGAAUGUUCCAAAUAAAUGGUUGAAGGCAGCCUUAUGACCACUGUGCACACGUGUGCUUUACUGUAGGGCUCACCAGUGGAAUUUUAUGAAUAAUUAAUUUAAUUUAUACAGUGCUUUUCAACCCAGGGGAUUCCAAAUCGGUUUCCAUAUUCAGUGGGAGCAACAUCAUCCACCGCUGAAGAGUAUUCCUCACCUAGGUGACACAGAAACCAUUCUGUACCAAUUCUGUAGCCCCACUGCACACCAGAUCAGGUGGGUGAAGGAGUGAGAAAUUGCACGUGGUGUUUCAGAACAGCUUUUCACAUUAACAGUGAAAUAAAAUAAGUACCUCCUGUCACAGAAUUAAAAAAAAGUUGGUUUAGUUUUUACAGCUUUACAGUUACUGGAGUCAAACAGUACACAUCCCAAUAUUUAAAAGGGACCGAACAUUAAUUUAUCACAUCUCUAAAAUCUCUUUGAGGAAAUAAUAGUUCAGCAUUAGGCGGGGGCAAUUUCUUUUAAGACUUCAUGGGUUCAGUUCUUACAUUGGAUUUUACAUAAAAAAAUGAAUAGACUAAAACUUUGAGAUUACUAAAAUGAAUAUCAUUCAUUUUGUUUGUCUGUUUUUUAGAUUUUAUUUUAAUAGGCUUUUUUGCUGGGGUGUGUCAGGGGGUCAUUUUUCACAGGAUAGACCAUAAUUUAAGAUUAUCUUUCAAGGUAAAAAUGCAAACUGAAUUUAAAUGUUCUAAAGCUCAUCUUCACAAGUAUGUCAUUAUUCUGGAAAUCUCAAUGGAAAACAAAGUUUGUGCUUAUUUUCAUAAUACAGUUAAUCAACUUGCCAUGACAGUGGGCUCUUUAGGUUGUGGUAAUGUAAUGAAUGCAGAGUAAACAUACACUACUGCCCUAUAUCUUGUUUUGUUCAGACGGUAAUAUUCAGCAGAAAUACUAAAAAAUUGUUUUCCUAAAUUGGUGGUAUGGAAUGUAUUAACAUAAUGUGUGGAAUUUUAUGAGACUUUUGAGCUAUUGGUUUGAGAGUCUAGAUUAAUACUGCACUGAUGUAAUAAUUAAAGUUAAAUCUUUAAUAACAGA